AUGUUGCUUGAUUACCAGAUACGAUACGGAAUGGUGAGCUUCAACACUGUCGAAAGGGAAUGCGUUGCUGCGUACCAGAGGGAGAAGCAGAACGUGAUGAAGUUUAUCGAAGGACUCCCUGGACGAGUUUCGCUUACACUGGACACGCGAACUUCUCGUGAAGGCUUAGGCUGCUACGUGGUCAUCACUGGCCACUUCAUCGAUGGCGAUUGGAAGCCACAGCAGAGGAAGCUGAAUGUGGCGAUGGUGCCCAAUCCUGAUUCAGAAUCUGCCCUCGCCAACGCGGUGUUGCGCUGCCUUUCCGAUUGGAACUUGGAAGGUAAACUGCUCUCUGUCACAUUAAACCAUCCAGCGGCGGGAGAAGCUGCUCUUCAAAGUCUUCAAGCACUGCUGUCUGUCCAGAAUGCAGUGAUUUUCGACGGCCAGUUGGUGCGCGGCAGCUGCAUCUCCCGCACCCUGACCAGCAUUGCGAAGGAGUUGCUGUCAGCGUGUGGAGAUCUGGUGUCGAAAAUCCGUGACAGUGUGAAGUACGUGCUGACCGAGGAGUCAAAGGAGCUGAUGUUUCUCGACAUCAAACAGCAGCUGCAAAUGGCGACGGACAAGAACCUCAGGCUCGCCGAUCAGAAUCACUGGAACACGACGUACGAAAUGCUCCUAGCUGCUUCGGAAUUGAGAGAAGUGUUUUCGUGCUUGGAAGCUUUGGAUCCUGACUACAAGGAAGCACCAUCGAUGCUGGAGUGGAAGCAAGUGGAAACAAUUAGCUCAGUCCUGCAACUUCUGGUCGAUGCAGCAAACCUUCUCUCGUCGUCCUCCUCCUCCUCCUCCUCGACCACCCCUGCUGCUCUAGCGUGCUUCCACGAAGCGUGGAAGAUUCAAUCGCAGCUCUCUAGGCUUGCUGCAAUUGGCGAUCCUUUCAUCGACAGCUUCAUCGGAGGAUUGCAGGACAGGAUCGAGAAGUACAUCAAGGAAUGCAUCCUGGUUCUAGCAGCUGCAGUGGUGAUGGACCCUCGGUUCAAGAUGAAGCUGGUCGAGUUCAGCUUCGCGAAGAUGUUCCUCCACGAUGCUCCCACAUAUAUCGAGAUCGUGGGCGAUGGGAUUCGCCAGCUUUUCUGGGAGUACAAGGUGCUUCAUCAGCUAGACGAAGAAAAAGCAGACCCCAAACUGGGGAUUAAUGUAGACAUUAUGGAGCCCAGGAGGUAUCCGAUUAAGUCGGAGCUAGAUGUGUAUUUGGACGAAACAUUGCUCCCGCGAGUGGCGGAUUUCGAUGUGUUGGGAUGGUGGAAGCAGAACGAGGUGAGGUUUCCUGCUCUGGCGAAGAUGGCUCGAGAUGUGCUGUGCAUUCAGGUGUCUGCUGGCUCGGCGGAGAGCUUGUUUGACACACGGUGCUUGCCGAAGGAGAUGGAGUACGGGAGCUCGGUGAAGCCGGAGACGGUCGAGGCACUCGUGUGUGCGAAGGAUUGGCUUCGUCGUGCGGCGGCGGCAGCAGCGGGUGGUGAUAGAUGA